GUAUAUUUUUUUAAUAAGCAAAUACACUUUACAACUUUCAGUUUUCGAGAACAGGAUGCCUAAUCUUUGUGUUUCAUGCCAUUUUAACCCACCUGUCGUCACGAUUUUUGGAGCAUCUCUUCGUGAAGAUACCAUUCGCGCGUUGGAAAGUCAACUACCGCUUGUAACGUCGACGGCGGCUGUUCCCAACAAGGAACAGCCUAAAUUCACCUUUGUCCAAAAGCCCGAUCACUGGAGGAUUGAGCUAAAUCAGCAAUAUUGCAACGAACUCCACAAAUCCGCGAUGUUCCUUACAUUUAUUGAGGCGUUGAAGCAGGAAGGAUGGAUGAUUCGAGCCUCGAACUCUGUUGGAAAGUGUGAUAGUGAAGACACUAAACUAUUUUUCACUCGUUCGUAAGUAAGCUAUGAAAAAUGAUUAGUGUAUGUACAUUUUUUUUAAAAAUAUUAUCAAAUGUUUAUUUUUUUUACCCCUCAAUUUUUAAGCAUUUUGAUGUACUUAGUAAUUUCACGUGCUUUCUUCAAUUUUUAUCAAGUCUAUUCGUACGAAGAAAGCAAGUUUUCAGAAAUGUAAAAAAAACUAUUAGCAUUUA